AGUCUGCACUUUUUUUUUCCUCUUUUUAUUUUGUAUAUAUAUUGCUUUUCGCCCAGUUGUCACUCAAAUUUGCUGAGUAUUAACUGGGCUUUUUCUUAAUUAAUUAAGUCAUUUGCCCUCUGGGUUCUUCUGCUUCCCCACAUAUCAUUCACCCAUUCACCAGCAAAUUUCUUGUGUACUAUAGAUACAUAGAGAGCGAGAUAGAUCUGGUGAAUCUGCUGGCAGCGCUCAAAUGGCUUCCAAAUUGCUGUUGAUUAUCGUCUUCAUCUUUGAUCUCAUCGCUUUUGCGCUUGCUGUUGCUGCUGAGCAGCGUCGGAGUUCGGCUCAAAUUAUCACAGACUCUACUAAGACUUAUACAUAUUGCGUCUAUGACUCGGACAUUGCAACUGGCUUUGGCGUGGGCUCAUUUUUGUUCCUCAUGGCUAGUCAAGCCCUUAUAAUGGUAGCCAGCAGUUGCUUCUGCUGUGGGAAGGCUCUAAAUCCUGGAGGUACAAGGGCUUGUGCAGUUCUCCUCUUCAUUACCUGCUGGUUGACAUUCUUGAUUGCUGAGAUUUGCUUGCUGGCUGGUUCAGUGAGGAAUGCCUACCACACCAAAUACAGGGGAAUUUUUGGGGGCCAAGAUCCUUCAUGCCAGACUCUCAGGAAGGGAGUGUUUGGGGCAGGAGCAGCUUUCAUUGUGUUCACUGGCAUAUUGUCUGAGCUUUACUAUGUUAGUUAUUCCAAAGCUAAGGAUGGUUUCAAUGCUCCUUAUCCCAAAGAAACUGGGGUGGGGAUGGCACCCUACCGUUGAACCAUGCUGUAGCUGAUUCCACCACUGCCAGUGCCACAAACUCCUUGUGGGAGAUUGAGAUUUUUUGGGGUCUCCACUCUCCAGAUGGGUUGGUUUCAUGUGGUUUGUAGCCCAUGUUUGAUUCUAUGGUUUAUUUUUAUUUUUAUUUUUUUCUGAUGUAGUUUAAUUUGAGCUUAGUUGGAGAACAUGUGAUUUUUAACUUUUUAAGGAUUUGAUAUCAUAUUAAUUUUUUAUUUUUUUGUAAUUCCACCUUUACAUUUUUCAAUUUCCUCUUAA